AUGCGCGGGUAUAUUGUGGCGACUAUCCUGCCUUUCCUAAAUCGUGUAGUGUAUGUCCGUCUGUCCAGCAGCCACACCCGCCACAGCACACAAUCAUGUCAUGACUCCGCUGCCUGUCAUCCCCCCCGCCCCCUCACUGCACCUCCACACAUCAGAUAUGUAGAAGUGUGUCUUGCCAAGUGUGGGCCAUGCUGUGCUAUGCUGUGCUGCCUCCGCGCUGCCACACCUGCUAACUAUACCCACACGUGCACUUACACUUACUUAUACCUCACCGCCACCACCAUGAAGGUUGUUGGGUAUGUCGUGGUGAUCAAACGCAGUGGGGCAGAUGGGACACCCUACCCCAUGGUCCACUCCAGCUGCUCCAUUGGCCGCAACAUUGAAUGUGACAUCCGGGUGCAGCUCAACUCUGUGUCCCAGCAGCAGUGUCGCAUUGAUGUGGACCCCAGCGGCAAGGCAUACCUCACCAACAUGACCCAGAAUGGCCAGACAAUGCUCAAUGGGUACUCGCUGGCCCCCAAGGAGGUGUGCAUGUUGAACCACAAGCAAGUCCUUAGUGUCGGGGAGAGGAAGUUCCGGUGGGAGUACCCUGAAGGAUCAUCCCUGGCCGUCAGUGCCCCCAGCAGCAUUCCAUCAGCUAACUAUAAGAUCCUCGUACCCGUAGACAAGUCACCGGUGUAUCAUCCCAUUGCUAAUAGAGGAGCCGCAGCUCACAGGUGGAGCAUUGAUGAGCUGUCAGAGGCCAAGAGAAAGAAGGUUUCCUUUGGGCCACAGCUGAACCCUGAGCACUUUGACAAGCUCCUGCCACCUGCUACUCCAGUCAGUAAGGGAGACAAGCCAAACAGUACUCCAACCUUAUCGAUGGGCAGUGCUAGGAAGCCUGGGAGGGCGUCCAUUGCCUCCACCUACGAGACCAUUACAGAGAAUGCCCCUGACACUCCAACCAAGAGCCUGCUGCGGCGAAGGAGCCCCACCCCAGUCAAGCCUUACCUUGCCCGCAGCCUUGGCAUCAACAUGGCCAAGCUGCAGGAGGAAGAUUCUUCCUCCGUCCACUCCCCAGAGAGAGAAGGUUCAGACACCACUCAGGCCCAAACCACAAUGAACACUGCAAAGUCUCCCAAAGUUUCAGGAAGCACAGAAACAACAUCCAAGAGAACAGCCACACCUGUGUCAACACCUGGCCAGAAGACACCUAGGAAGAUACAACCAUCACCAGCCUCUGCUUCCCUGGCAAGGCUGACUCCCAAGACUCCAGACACAUCACUAUGCAAGACACCAAAGUCAGGCAGCAAGAUUUCAGCCAUAGCAACACCCAAGACCUCAAAAGUAGAAUUAUCCAACACUCCCAAGUCAACUCCUAAGAUCUCGCCCAAAUCAAGCCCCAAAACCCCAAAGUCCAUCAAAAAGGUCAUAUCCACCAAAAUAGCUCACCAGAAACUUGUAUCCCCAUACAUUUCUGCUCGCACCUCACCAAAGUCAGAGAAGACAACACCCACCCGUGGUCCUGGCCGUCCCCGCAAGUCAGAGAGUCCUCAGGCAGCACCAGGCAGGGUAUCACCAAACACACAGGAGGACUUCAAAGUUAAGGUGUCACCCAAACGGCCAGCAGACACAUCCCCUGAAAUUCCCCCUCAGAAGAAGCUAAAGAAGCUCUCUACUUUGCCCUCCACUGCAGCAACACCCAAAGUUGGAAAUGCAAGAGUGCCGUCACCAAAGACUCCUAAGAUGACGACACCCAAGUUUGUCACACCAAAGAAGUCCAGUAAGCAUGUCAGUCCCAAACUUCUUACUCCAAAGGUGUCCACUGUGAAGCACGGGACUCCAAAGAAUUCCCUUGCGCUAACCCCCAAAAGUUUGACAAAAGCUAAGAACAUCACCAGCCCCAAGGGAACACCUGCUACACUAAAGUCUCUUAAAGCUGUCACUCCUAAAAGAUUGUCUCCUAAGACUGCCACACUCAAGCUGUCAACACCCAAGUUUGCAACACCUAAGAAGCUAGCAACACCCAAGAAACUGUCAUCACCCAAGUCUGCAACACCCAAAUCUGUCUCUCCCAAGCUGUCAACACCCAAGAAACUGUCAUCACCUGAAUUUGCAACACCCAAAUCUGCAUCUCCCAAGCUAUCAACACCCAAAUCUACAACACCCAAGAAACUGUCAUCACCUAAAUUUGCAACACCCAAAUCUGCCUCUCCUAAGCUGUCAUCACCCAAGUCUGCAACACCCAAGAAGCUGUCAUCACCCAAAUCUGUGACACCCAAAUCAGUCUCUCCCAAGCCUUCCUUUCGUAAGAAUGUGUCACCUAAGUCUGCAAGUGCCAAGGAUCUGUCAACACCCAAGUCUGUCUCUCCUAGAAAUGUGUUGUCUCCUCAGUCUGCAAGUCAUAAGAGGCCACCAACUCCCCAGUCAUCCCCUAAGUUUGUCACACCAAAGAGGGUGUCAACUAAGGCCGCCGGUUCUAAGCGGCUGUCAACUCCAAAGUCUGCCUCUGCUAAGACACCAUCAACUCCCCAAUUUGCUAACCCUGAGGUGCUUGCAUCCCCUCACUCUCUCACUCCAUGGUCCGUGAGUCACAUGACAUUUGCUACACCCAAGUUUGCCAGUCCUGAAGUGAUGGCUGCCCCUGCUGCUGCCAGUCCUACACUCACCAGCCCCAAGACCUUAACUCCACCCCAGUCUGCCAGUCCCAAGGCUGCAGCAACACCCAAGAACAGCCCAUCAAGGUCAGCCAGUGGGAAGAGGUCAGUCACACCCAGGCAUCUCUGCCAGUCCCAGGAACACCAAGACUCCUGCAGCAACACCACAGGCUGCUACCCCGCCAAGUCUGCUAUUCUCAAUUCUGCCCGUAAGAGGGUCACCAUCAGGAGCCAGUCUUCUGCUACACCAGGAGUCAAGUCUGGUAAGCUGUCCAGGGUGCUGAAGGCCAAGACUCCGAAGUCAUGGGCUGAAGUGCUGAAGAAAGGGUUGGCUGGGAAAAGAAUGGCCCUUUCUCGCUCCCAGAAGGCUCGGGUGCUUCUUGCAGGAACCCAAAGCCUGCAUAAGCCACACAGGUUGACCAAGCGCUCCCAGAAGGCAGAGGAAGUCACUCCAAUCACCUCCACAACAAAUGCUUCCACCACUGGCCACGCCAAUUCCCCAGCUCCAAUCAUCAUUCGCGGCAAGACCACCCGGACGCCCAAGGUGUUCCGCAAGGGUCAGAAGCAGCAGUGCCUUACCAGCCAGCCCAGUCUUGGCAGUGAGAUGGACAGUUGCAUUAACCUGGAUGGUCUAGCCUCUCUGAUGUCCACCCCUAAGGCACCAGUGGAAGGAGGAAGUGUAGUGUCUCCCCCGACCAAGACAAGGGCCUCAGCCCGGAGCUCCCCAGCACAGCAGCAACACAAGGACCAGAGUUGCUCACCCGCCAUGUCAUCCGCCAGCUACAACUCCAACACUUCCGUCAACAUGACCAACUUUGACUUCUCUGCUGUGAGGACUCCUGAGGUCACCAAAGACCACUUUGUGUCCUCUCUGGAGACUCCUGCUCUUUGCAGAACACCAGAGAGUGUCCUUAGAGACCCCACUGACAAACUAAUGGCAGACUCCCCAGUGCAGGUGCCCAUAGAGUCUGAUGCCACCACCUUUGACUUUGGCAGUGCCCACACUCCAGAUGUGACUCGGGAUGAGUUUGUCUCUCCAGUGAGCGCCAGGUCAGACCGCCUCUCCCGCAGUGCAAAGACAUUCAGGAAGUCCUCACAGGAUGUAGCCAAAAUUUUGGCAAUCCCCAGGACUGCUGUCUCCACCCCUAAACCACAGGUGAAGCACUCCCACACACCAAGGAGUCUCCCUGCAGAUUCUCAAUUGGAGGAGCAACAAAAUACAAGUGUCCAAGAGAGUCCACACAAAACCUCUAACACUGCCUCACCCGACAAGCCAACAGAAAACAGUGAUUUGGUGCAAGAAACCCCCACCACAAGGCAUGGCAGUACUCUGAAGACUGCAGGAACAUCGUCUCAGGCCGACUAUACUGAUGUUGCUGGUGUGAAGAGACUCCUCCGAACACCCAAGCCUGCAGCAGAGUCACCUCAGGCUGACUACACUAAUGUUGCAGGCAUGAAAAAGUUGAUGAAGACACCCAAGCCUGUUGCUGAAUCACCUCAGGCUGACUACAACAAUGUUGCAGGCAUGAAGAAGCUGAUGAAGACACCCAAGCCUGCAGCAGAGUCACCUCAGGCUGACUAUACUGAUGUUGCGGGCAUGAAGAAGCUGAUGAAGACACCCAAGCCUGCUGCUGAAUCACCUCAGGCUGACUACACCAAUGUUGCAGGCAUGAAGAAGCUGAUGAAGACACCCAAGCCUGCUGCUGAAUCACCUCAGGCUGAUUAUACCAAUGUUGCAGGCAUGAAAAAGUUACUGCAGACACCUAAGCCUGCUGCUGAAUCACCUCAGGCUGAUUACACUAAUGUUGCAGGCAUGAAAAAACUGAUGAGAACACCCAAGCCUGCUGCUGAAUCACCUCAGGCUGACUAUACAGAUGUUGCAGGCAUGAAGAGACUCCUGCGAACACCCAAGCCUGUCGCUGAAUCACCUCAACCUGAUUACACAAAUGUUGCAGGCAUGAAAAAGUUACUGCAGACACCCAAGCCUGUGGCAGAGUCACCUCAGGCUGAUUACACCAAUGUUGCAGGCAUGAAGAAGCUGAUGAAGACACCCAAGCCUGCUGCAGAGUCACCACAGGCAGACUACACCAACGUUGCAGGUGUAGGAAAGUUACUGAGGACUCCCAGACCAACUGUGGCAUCUCCCAAAGCUGGCUAUUCCAAUGUGACCGGUGUGGACAAGCUGUUGAGGACGCCUCAGCCUCAAGGACGUGUGCCAGAGGCUGAUUACACCAAUGUGGCAGGUGUCAAAAGACUACUGGGGACACCCAAGCUGGCAGGGGCUUCACCUACUGCAGAUUACACGAAUGUUGCCGGUGUGAGACACCUCAUGCGUUCCCCGAAGACUCCUCCGUGUACACCUGAAACUGACUUCACAGGUGUUGAUGUUCUACUCACCACACCUGAACCAUACUUGGAGGAUGGCCAGGUGGCAAGGCAUGCCAGCCCCAAAAGGACCAGAAAGACACCUUUGGCAGACCAGACCAAUGUUGACCUCUCCCAGGCCACUGUGGAAGGUGGGAAAAGGAAGGUGGUGAACCUUCAGGAAUUGUCUGCAUCCUCCACCUCUCCAUCGGAAAACAUUCCACCCAGUGGUGAGGUAGAGGAGUCAGGGAUCCGGAGGUCCCAGCGGAACACCAAGGCUACCGGUGAGGAGACUGUGGUUACACCAGUCAGGCAGGUCAGAUCCAGAAAGAAGAUUGAGGAAUGCGUCUUGGAACUGGUGCAGUCACCAGUUAGAACCACUCGGUCCUUGAGGUCCACACCACUAAGUGAAAGACCAACACCCACAAGAACAUCAAAAAGAACUGCUGCCAGGAAAGAGAAGGAAACAAAACCAUCAUCCCCACAAAGUGAAUCAGUCAAGUCUCCCGUUGCAGUGACAGAGCCACUGACAGUCCUGCAGGUCAGUAGUGAUGCGAGUGCAUCUGCAGCCACUCCAGAUCUUGUCGAGACACCAGUAAAGACCAAGUCUAGAGGAAGACCACUCAAGAAUACAGUGCUGGAAGUCAAGAGUGCCAGUACAGUGGAAAGAAAGGAUGACACACCUGUGCUGAGAGGAAGAGGGAAGAGAGCAGCAGCUUCUCAGUCUCCUCCACCUGCUGCCAAUGAAACUCCAGUGAAGGAAUUGGUGGUAAGUACAACUGAAAAUGACAAACCACAAAGAACGAGAGGCAGGAAGACCAAGACUGAGACUGUUGACAUGUUGGAGGAAGAGAAGAUUCCUGUUGCGGAGGAAGUGGUGAGGGCAACAAGAGUCACCAGGCGAAGGAAGGUUGUUGAUCAGGUGGAUGUGUCUGAACCUCUGCCCAAGAGACGAGUGCCGAGGACAGGGAAGAAGGAAGAUGGUGAUGGGAAGGCAGAGGAUGUUGAGGAUGAACCAGAGAGUAAGAUGGCCACACCAGCCAAAAGAGGAAGGCCAGCAAAAACAAGAGGGAAGAAGGAAGACAAGGCAAGCAAUGAUUAUGCAAAUGUACUGAAGCAAGACACAGAGGUCACCACCACCCCAGCCAGGAGAGGAAGGCCACCAAAAACAAGAGGGAAGAAGGACAACAGUGGUGAAGAUGUACCUGAGCAAAACAGUGAAGACACUGUGCCCACCCCAGCCAAAGGAGGAAGAGUACAGAACACAAGAGGAAAGAAGAGAGUUAAAGUUAAAGAUGAUGAUAAUGAUGAAGAGGGAGAAGAUAACACCAAAGACAAAGACACCAUGUCUACGCCACCUAAACGAGGGAGGAGGGUGCUGGGAACAAGAAUUAACAAGGAAGAGGAUGAUGAUAUGGGUCAAGUGGAAGCUGUGGAAAAUAUUCUUACUCAAAACAAUGAAGACAACCAAUCCAAAUCCACACCAGCAAAGAGAGGCAGAACACAGAGAACAAGAAGGGCAAAGCAAGAGGAGGAGGAGGAGGAGGACAGGCAGAACCUGCCACAACAAGAUGAAGACAAGUCUUCUAAGAGAAGAGGAAGGACACUGAAAACGAGAGGUAGGAAGGAAGAAAAGGAUGGAGACAAGGAGAAUGUUCCGAGACAAAACAGUGAAGAUAAUGAAGACAAAUCCACUGUGGCCAAGAGGGAGAGGACACAGAAAACAAGAGGCAAGAAGGAAGAAAAGGAUGACAAUGAAGUAGAAGACAAGGAGAAUGUGCCAACACAAAACACCAAAGAUGAAGACACAACUGAAUUGUCUCAACCCAAGAGAGGCAGGAAGGCACAGAAGGCCACUGAGGAACCUGAAGUGCCCGCUGCCAGGGCCACAAGGAGGAGAGGCAAGGCGGAGGCUGUUUCUUCCCCUGAGGCCAGGCCUACUCGGGUGACCCGGGCUCGCAAGUGUCUUGUAUAAAAAAAAGUACAACUCCAGUACCUAGCUACUGUUCUGUUAAUAUAGAUUUGAGUUAAACUCCUUCAUGUACAGCCUGUAACACACUUUUCUGCUAGUUUAGUAAACCUGGCUAGUUCAACUAGUUAUUAAAUAUUUAGAAGGAUCAGAUGUAGGUGUAUGGAUAAGACAAACACCUGCAUUUAAGGAAAACUACUUUUAAUAUAUUUUUGGAGCAAGCCACUUUUAUGAGCAGUUUGAUUCUGCAAGUGAGUAAGAAGCAAGUUUCUUAACUUUAUUUUUAUUUUAACAAAAAUAAAUUUUGGAAAAAAGGCUUGCUACCUUAAUAGGAUUACUCUUCAGUAAACAUGUGUGCUGAUUAAUUGAAUCCAUACUGUUGAGUUGGGCACAUAGACAUGGCACUGGCACUGGCAGGUCCUCUCUCUGCCUUGUCAAUCUGGUUUAAUUAAUUUUUAAUUGUGCAGACUUGCUUUAUAUUGCAAAAUCCUUAUUUUGUUUUUAUUUGUUUUUAGAUUUUUGUGUAAUUUGAUAUUUUUAAUCAUAUAGGUACCUUAAAAAUAAAUGGCUUUGAUGAGUAAAAGUCAAUGUUUUGAAAUAAGGCAAAAGUGUCUUAAGCCAGCAAGUGCCACCAUAUUUAUGUGCCUCGUGAAGGCAAAGAUAGCGCUGUAAUGGUCCAGGUCAGUGACAGGCUAUUGCAGCUUACAACUGUGUUGUUCUCUGGAGUGUUGAGAGGGACAACAUACCUGUGGUUAAUUAAGACAUUUGUUGCUAGGGUAUUUAAAUAGCAGCAACCUGCCUCUCAUACUAAGGAAGCUUAGAAGUUGUAUGUUGUAUGGAUCAUAAUGGAAGUGGUGGCAAUAGUGCGUUUCUGGUUUUAGUUGCAUGAUAUUUUGUAUAUAUGCACAUUGAUAUUUAUGAACAAAUAGAUUGUACUAAGUUAUAGGUCUUAGAUUCAAUCUAGACAAAAUUAUAACUAACUCAAUUGUAAAUUAAUUCAGCAUUUACUUUUAUAAAUAUAAGGUCAAUCCAAGCCUUC